AUGCCUCUCUUGACCUCGUCGCCACCCGCGCUUCUGUGGCUACGAGACGAAGAUGGUGUGCAGCGAGCGCAGAAGUCCCCGCUACGUAUUCUAGCCCAUCUAAUGCAGGGUUCCUUCCCACAGCGGCCCCGCCGGCUUCAGGUCCGUGUCCAAAAAAACGGAAAUCUCAUCGAGCCACUCGGGUCUCUCAGCCGGACUCGGCGGCGGAUUCUGUGUGUGCUCGGCGGGGCGUCGAAUAGUCCUAAGAAGAUCCCAUCUGUUAGGUGGGCCGAGCUCGCUGAAAUGCGUUUGGUGUCGGGAGAUUCACGACAAGGGGGCUGCACCAGGGCUUGUCAUGCCCCGGAACUGUUAACCAUAUACCCUUUUGACCUUCCUUUGGCAUCCAUACCAUCAAAUUCAUGUACUGCCAGCUGUUUUCGAGGAGGUAAGGGUUAUCAUCGCGAAAGGGCAUCGAACGCGGGGCACUGGCCCUGUGCCGGUACUGUCAAAGGGCUCAUUGCAAUCACUGGUAUCUUCACGCCAUAA